CAAAUAUCACGCGCGCGUAUAGUCGAAAGGAAAAUUGCGAGUUUUCAAGCCUGUAACAAAUUUUACUUCUGAGGCAGUGAACCCGUAAAAGUUACAAGUGUUGAGACUGUUAUGAUAAGUGGGAAGAAUUAAAAAAAAAGAUCCGUCGCGUUAAAUGCACUCGCAUCUUUUAGUUUUUUUGACGUAUAUUCGAAGCUUAUUUGUGGUUUUAAUUUUUAAUGGCGAUAGUACAAUAUUAGGAAAUAGAGAGCAGAGAGUAAGAUGCAGACAAUAAAGUGUGUUGUGGUUGGAGAUGGAGCUGUGGGAAAGACUUGUCUUCUGAUUUCAUAUACGACAAAUAAAUUUCCUUCAGAAUAUGUGCCUACUGUUUUCGACAACUAUGCUGUAACGGUAAUGAUAGGCGGUGAUCCAUAUACGUUAGGAUUAUUUGAUACCGCUGGCCAGGAGGAUUAUGAUAGACUUAGACCUUUAAGUUAUCCGCAAACAGAUGUAUUUCUGGUCUGUUUCUCAGUUGUUUCACCGUCGUCAUUUGAAAAUGUUAAAGAAAAGUGGGUUCCAGAAAUAACUCAUCAUUGUCAAAGGACUCCGUUUCUCCUAGUUGGUACUCAGAUUGAUUUACGAGACGAUGUUGCUACUAUAGAGAAGCUUGCAAAAAAUAAGCAGAAACCUAUUUCAGCAGAACAAGGAGAGAAACUUGCAAAAGAGCUCAAAGCUGUGAAAUACGUAGAAUGUAGCGCUUUGACACAGGUUUAAAAAAUGUAUUCGACGAAGCUAUAUUGGCAGCAUUGGAGCCUCCAGAACCAGUGAAGAAAAGAAGAUGUAUGCUUUUGUAAAGCAUUUUACUGAUUUUGCAAUACAGUGUCCCUGACUAUGAAGUAACAACAUUAAAAUGUAUCAGGUGAUUAUCUCCUCUGUAGUAGAUUAACGAUAGGAGGAAAUCGCGUCUAUACGAAUGUUAAGACGUAAAAAGAAGUAUUCAUUGGAGGGGCGUAUUAGAAGCCGCUUAUAUGAGCGCGACAACUGCGGUUUUCCUAUGCGUUUCCUACAUUUGACUAUUUUCAUCUGUGUAUACAUUCCAUAAAAUAAUCUUAUAUCUUGGCCUUA